GUAUUGGCGAUUGCCAUACUCGGGCUAACGUGACCCAAGACGUAGUGAAAAUGAUUGCCAGAGUGUGUGUCACAUCCAAGUUAUUCCAUUCAUAACACUGGUUUUUAUUUUGACAGUAAGAAUAGUGUGUGAUAGCCGUGAUGUACGAUUGAACAAACAAUACCUGAGGUAUAUUGUUAACGGGCAUUGAAACGGCUGGGCCGUGUAACAUCAGUGAUAUUGAUAACCGAGCGGUGCAGGAACAGGUUCCCCCCCUGCAUGUGUCACUUUUGCAAAAGCAUACUCGGGCUUUUUUUUUCGUCGCACAUCGUCGGACAAUUACAACAGCAACAACAAUCGUUGAGUUUAUAAACAGUUUGUGAGGCGCUUGAUUGUCGGGUCAAUCGGUGGUUUUUGGGGAACUCGAGGACUCAUAUAAUUGUGGAUCAGUGCUCACGGACUAUUUGGGCUCCACAAAUGUGCUUUAACGAGUCGAUAAUUUCGGUGGUGAUUUUUUAAUAAGCGUGUGUGUGAUGCCUGGGAGUCGAUCCAGUACCGACCCAGAACACAAAUCACCGCGGGAAAGUGGUGAAGACUCUGAAGAUGAGAGUGAAAUUCUGGAAGAGAGUCCCUGCGGGCGGUGGCUGAAGCGAAGGGAAGAGGUCUAUGUGGGAUCCAAGUCGACACUGGCUGAUGGUACGAAUUUUGGAGGGCUCAGGAGUGAUAACGACGUUUCUGAGAUGGAGGUUGGACAACGAGAUGUUCCUGGAAUUGACUGUGCCUACUUGGCUAUGGACACGGAGGAGGGGGUCGAGGUGGUCUGGAAUGAGGUGCAAUUCUCGGAGAGAAAAAAUUUCAAGGCACAGGAGGAGAAGAUUCAACUGGUUUUUGAAAAUUUGACACAACUCGAGCAUCCGAAUAUCGUCAAGUUUCAUAGGUAUUGGACGGACACUCAUAAUGACAAACCCAGAGUCAUAUUUAUAACCGAAUACAUGUCGUCAGGAUCAUUGAAGCAGUUCCUAAAACGCACAAAGCGAAAUGUCAAGAAACUACCACUUCAAGCGUGGAAGAGAUGGUGCACGCAAAUUCUCUCAGCACUCAGCUAUCUGCAUUCCUGCUCACCCCCCAUUGUUCAUGGAAACCUUACAUGUGAUACAAUAUUUAUUCAACACAAUGGUCUCGUCAAAAUAGGCUCAGUUGCUCCGGAGGCUAUUCAUCACAGAGUCAAGACCUGCAGAGCUAAUGUGAAAAAUAUGCACUUUGUUCCACCGGAGUGUGGAAACUCAUUAACACCUGCCAUUGACAUCUACUCAUUCGGCAUGUGCGCCCUUGAAAUGGCUGCCCUUGAGAUACAAGGGAAUGGUGAUAGUGGUACAGUCGUAACUGAGGAUAAUAUAAGGAAGACAAUAGAAUCACUGGACGAUGCUCAACAGAAGGAUUUCAUAAGUAAAUGUCUUCAGGCUGAUCCACACAGUAGACCGAGUGCACGUGAAUUAUUGUUCCAUCCAGUAUUGUUCGAAGUACAUUCGCUCAAAUUACUCGCAGCACAUGCCCUCGUCAAUUCUGCCACAAAUAUAUCGGAAACAAUUACGGAUGAGGUACUGCAGAGGUUAUACGGACCGGACACUGUACUCGCUGAAAUUAGAUAUCAAGGCCGACCCCCACACCAAAUACGACUGAGUGAUAUACCGGUUGCUGAGAAAUUGGAAAAAUUUGUGGAAGACGUCAAAUAUGGCAUUUAUCCAUUAACAGCAUUCAUAGCCAAAUUGCCACCUCCAGUUCGUCCACGGGCCAUAUCGCCUGAAGUUACCGAGUCUGUUAAAUCCGUAACACCAGAACCAGUUGAUGUAGAGACGCGUAGAGUAGUGAAUAUGAUGUGUAACGUUAAGCCUAGAGAAGACAGUGGCGAGUUGCUUCAAUUUCAGAUGACGAUAUUGUUACGGAUGGACGACAAGAUGAAUAGGCAGUUGACGUGCGCUGUCUCGCAAACGGAUUCGUCAAUGCUUCUCGCACAAGAGCUCGUACAUUUUGGAUUUAUCAAUGAGGAUGAUCGUGAUAAAAUAGCAAAUUUAAUAGAGGAAGCACUGCGAAGUUGUUUCAGCAAACAACUGACGAAUCCAGGAAUGGUAUCAUUGACUAAUUUACCUAGUCAAACGACACUGUUAUUACCAGAUCCUGAAUUUCAAUGCAACCAGAAUCUGGAUAAUUCCGUAGGUAACACUGUACCACCAAUCAACGACAGUGUAAUUAAUUCAACGCCAAAAUUAACAGGGCUUUCCAAUUCAACAAUUAGACCAUGCACAAAUACUGAUAAUACUGAACCACCUACGAUUGCUGAUAGUGGCAGUUAACCAUCCAUGAUACUCAGUAAGAUCAUUUCACUGUGCCACAUUGCACGCUCGAUGUAUAGACUGGCUAUGUAUUUUUAUAUUUUUAAGUAAUUUGCGAUUGAGAGGGGCGAGGGGGGAGGGGUUAUUUGGAGAAAGUGGUGCCGUGGCUGAGGUUCUCGUAUUUUUUUAUAUUAAAUUGUUAUAUCUGUAUGUUUUUUUUCCUCCUCUGUUUUUAAUUUAUUCUGACAUUAUGAUACUUCAUGACUUUUGGUGACAAUUGAUUUUUAAAAUUAGAGAGGGGAAUUUGUCGGAAUUCAGUGGUGCAUUGGUGACAUGGGAUGUUACAAUUUUAUGUUUUAAAAAUAUAUUUUGAUUCUUCGUUCAAAUUGAGAGCCACAAGUUAUUGAUUUUAAUGUUGUGAUUUGGAAUUUCGAAGUGUUGAGUGAAUUCAGGCAUUUAGUCGUUUUAAACUUUAAGUUAUCUUGAUAAUGAGGCAGUUUAGGGGAAAUUAUCAAGAGACAUUUGUUUUUGCUGGUGAAGUUCUCUACAAAAAAUGUCUUUUGACAUUUUCUUCUAGAUUCACUCAUUACCGAGAUAAUCCGCUAUUAAUGAAAAUGGCAAAAUCAACUCGUUCGUUUUAUCACGUCUCGCCACUUCACCACUGAAUUCACAUGAAUUAUCUCCGCAGGACCAUCUAAAUUAAUCCAUACUGAUUCUACGUAUUGAUACCAAUCAAGUGAAUUACACCGUAAAAAAACGGCAACUCAAUUAAAUCGAAUGAAACAACUGUAUGAAAAAAUUAAAAUUCGAAACUGUUAAUACAGAUAUUUACCAAAAACUUAAA